AUGCCCACGCCAGCGCCCCACUCCCUCUCCCACAAGACUUGUGAAACGCUUCCUGAGGCUAUCUCAGAUGUUUGGAGCCUGCAAGCACUUCAUGUAGCAGACAGCUAUUCACUUGUCGAGAUACCAGAAUCAAUUGGUAAGCUGAGGAAGUUAAGGACACUAAACUUGUCAGGCUGUGGACAUCUAAAGCAUUUACCAGAAUCUAUUGGUGACUGUGAAAUGAUUUCGAGCAUUGAUCUUUGCAAUUGCAUGGGGCUUAUAGUGCUGCCAAACUCUAUUGGCAAGCUACAGAAGUUAAGAACAUUGAACCUAUCAAGAUGCAGAGAGCUGAAAUGCUUACCAGAGACUAUUGGUGAUUGCAAAAUGAUUUCAAGCAUUGACCUUUGCAAUUGCGAGAAGCUUACAGUGUUGCCAAACUCUAUUGGCAGAAACGAAAUGCUAAGAGUGUUGAGACUAGGUGACACCAAAGUUGAGAGGCUACCAUCAAGAAUGCCUAUUGGCAUUGGACAGCUUAGUCUACUACCAAAGUUGGACUUAUUUGUUGUGGGUAAGGGAGAAAAGUAUGCAGGAAUCUCAGAGCUAGCAGAUGUAUCUAGGAUUGGUGUGGAACUAAGAAUCAGAGGUAGGCAAUAUGCACGGUGGAUGCAGAAUCAAGUUGGUGGUGGAGUACAGGGCCCUGCUUCCUUCCCAUUUUUGAGGGUGAUGAAGCUAUGUGAUUUCCCGAACUUGAAGAAUCUACAUGGGCUUGUGGAGCUGCCUUGUUUGGAGUUGCUUGAGCUGAAACAGAUGUCUUCUCUUGAGAGCAUAAGUGGAGGCCCAUUUCCUUCACUGAUGCUUGAGAUACGACGGUGCAAUGCUCUUCACCAUUUGCCCGAUUUCCUGGGAGAACUCUGCUCUCUAUGGAAACUCAAGAUUACAGACUUGCCAGAGCUGACUUGCCUUCCAGAAUCCAUCUGCCGCCUCACCACCUCUCUUAGAGAGCUCGAAAUCUGUCGAUGUCCAAGCAUCAAAUCCUUGCCGGAGGGGAUAAGGGACCUCACGGCUUUGCAGAGCUUGCGGAUCAUGUUCUGCUCUGAUCUAGUGAGGCGCUGCAAUCCAGAAACGGGGGAGGACUGGGACCUCAUCUGCCAACUGUCAUAUCCCUAUUCUGUGGAUUCAGUAGGCGGCUGCCUGCUAGCGCUUCAUCUGGUGCGAUAUGUUCCUAAGGGACAUGCUGCCAACAUCGUCAUUGUUCUUAAUUACUUGUUAUGCCUACAUAACAGCAUCAUCAACGUGGUUGCCAGUAAGCAAAUCACAGUACAAGGUCCAAUGCACUUGGGAGAGUCCUUGACUAGCCUGCCGGGUCAAGAUGGAAGACCUGCAUGGGUGAAAAAGUGGAUGGUGACCUUUGAAGCAAUAUGA